GCAAUCAUGAACGGAUUCGAAGACGAUAAGAAGCCAAAGUGCGAUGGCGACGAGUAUGUCAAGCCUGGGCCCAAGGACCUCCAGGUUCAGCUCGUCAUUUCCCUAUCGCUAGGGGUUUCUGCCUUUCUAGCCUUUUGUAUAUUACGACGACGAUGGAAAUCCCUAUACGCCGCGCGCAAACGACAUGCCGAGAUCGAGCUCCCACACUUGCCCGACACUUUGUUUGGUUGGAUGCCCGCCCUUUAUAGGAUUACCGAACACCAGGUUCUGGCUUGCGCCGGACUGGACGCAUAUGUAUUCCUGACAUUCUUCAAGAUGUCGUUGCAGCUCUUCGCUGUCAUGUUCUUCUGUGCCGCCGUUGUUCUCGAGCCCAUCAAUCGCCACUUUGAUCCCGGACACAAACGCAACGACACCCACCCCUCCGAAUUUUCCCUGCUCCGCGAGUAUGCGCCGUAUAGCGACUAUCAAAGAGUCAACCUCUUCGGAAACGCUGGCGAAAACUCUGGCGACGACCAUGGGGGCGAUGACGAGAGCUUCAACAAGAACAUGAGCUACUUGUGGUCUUACCUGGUGUUUACCUAUGUAUUUACUGGACUUACCCUGUUUAUGCUGAACCGGUACACUCUGAAGGUCAUUGGCAUACGCCAGAACUACUUGGGCACACAAUCUACAAUCACCGACCGAACGUUCCGAUUGUCUGGCAUUCCUGAGAACCUGCGCACCGAGAAUGCGAUCAAAACUUUGGUAGAAAAGCUGGAGAUUGGAAAGGUGGAAAGCGUCACUUUGUGCCGCAACUGGAAGGAGAUCGACGAACUGAUGGAGCGCAGAACCGCAAUACUCGCCAAAUUGGAAGAGACAUGGAGUGUUUACAUCAGCCAAAAGCCAAAAUUACCAGUUGGAACGCAGGCGAAUGGCGAUGGGACAGCUUCGGGGGCACCAGAAGUACGGUCUGAUGAAGAAGCCGGCGAAAGUGAACGACUGCUGCGAGGAGGGCAUGAUAUGCAGAUUGACCGGCCCCGUCCUCAGGCAAGGCUCUGGUACGGCUUUCUUCGUAUGCAAAGUCGCAAGAUUGAUGGUCUUGACUAUUACACCGAACGCCUCCGGUUGCUCGAUGAAAAGAUUAUCGCUGCUCGGAAGAAGACCUAUGAACCGGCCAACAUCGCAUUCGUGACCAUGGACUCUAUUGCAGCCUGUCAGAUGGCGAUCCAGGCCCUCAUCGACCCUGGGCCGGGCCAGUUACUAACGAAGCCUGCCCCAGCCCCAUCCGAUGUGGUAUGGAGGAAUACAUACAAGCCUUGGUGGAGGCGGCGCUUCCAGUCGUGGACUGUCACCAUCUUUAUCUCGAUUCUUUCCAUCAUCUGGGUCGGUCCCGUCGCUGCCCUAGCAUCUACCACCAUCUGCACCAUCAAGGCCAUUAUGCCCUCUCUAGCCGAGACCCUCAAGGACCACGAAAUCAUCCGCUCGCUUAUUCAGACCGGCAUCCCGACUCUCGUGGUAUCUUUGCUCAACGUCGCCGUGCCCUACCUCUACGACUUCUUGUCCGAACACCAAGGCAUGAUCUCGCGGGGCGAUGUGGCCCUCUCCGUGAUCAGCAAGAACUUCUUCUUUACCUUCUUCAACAUUUUCCUCAUCUUCACCGUCUUCGGUGCCGCUGUGGCAGGUAUCCAGGAGACGUUUCGAAAGAGCCUGACAGACAGCACCUACAUCGCCUACACCAUUGCCACAAAGAUUGAGGAACUGACCAGCUUCUACAGCUGCUUCAUCAUGCUCCAGGGUCUGGGGUUGUUCCCCUUCCGACUGCUCCAGUUUGGCAGCAUAAGCUUGUACCCGAUCAACCGCAUGGGCGCAAAGACGCCAAGGGACUUUUCCCAGAUCAUGCAACCGCCCAUGUUCUACUAUGGCUUUUACCUGCCCACGGCGCUGUUGGUGUUCAUCUUGUGUCUGGUCUACAGUGUGUUGCCAGACGGGUACCAGGUCUUGGGGUUGGGCGUGGUGUACUUUGUGUUUGGGUAUUUCACCUACAAGUAUCAGCUGCUGUAUGCCAUGGAUCAACCGCAGCACGCGACGGGGGGUGCGUGGAGGAUGAUUUGCUAUCGGGUCAUUCUGGGGCUGGUGGUGUUCCAGGUGACCAUGUCGGGGUACUUGGCGCUGAAGUCGGCGUUUACGGUGGCGGUGCUGGUGACCCCGCUGGUGAUUGGGACGGUGUGGUAUAGUUGGAACUUCAAGUGGCAGUUUGAGCCGCUGACGAAGUUUAUUUCUUUGGUUAGUAUCAAGAGGGGAGAGGACGAGGAAGAAGGGGUGAAUGAGGUGGCGAUUUUGGAUGAUGAGAGGGAGGGGGGGUAUGAGGAGGAUGUGGAUCAGAGGUCGUUGAGGCGGAGGGGGAGCACGACGGUUGAUGAGGCGAGGGAGAAGGGGUUGCGGUUUGUGAAUCCUAGUUUGGUGGUUCCUCUGGAGCAACCAUGGAUCUACCAAGACCCACCACCGCCAUUAACAGAAGAGAACGAUAGUCUCGAGUUCGCCAUUGGUGGUAGCGAAGGGGAGUACUCUUACGGCGCGGGGCCAUCAAUACGGAGCCGAAGAGACGAGACGCGGGUCGAGGGAAUCGCAACUAGACCUCCGGGGCCCGGGAGCGGGGCUGCUAGUAGUAACUCUUCUAGCUCGAUAAGCUUGGGGGAUACACAUAUUUGGAGGCAGUGA